UACUGCUGAGAUGGCUUUGGAUUCCAUACAACAGCUUUUGUCAGAAAACUCAAAAGAUUCUUUCUUAGAAGCAUCAGAAAUAUUGUUAAAAUUUGCCAGCAAUGUUUUGAAAAAUCCCAAUGAUCCCAAAUAUAGAAAAAUCAGAGUUGGCAACCCCGUAGUACAAACAAAAUUGUUACCAGUUUCUGGUGCUUUAGAAUGCUUAUUUGAAAUGGGCUUUUUAGAGGACGGGGAUUUCUUGACGAUGCCAGCAACAUCACGUCUGAACCGAAUGCAGCAUGUGUAUGAUGAACUAGUUAAACAGCGGCAACGACUGGGUGUUAACUCGACCCCGCUAGAGACCUCUGGUGGAGAAGAACCAAAUGAGAGGGUCGGCAUGAACACCACAGCUAGUGUUCCAUCUAAAACAACGUGCUCAAGAUCCCAGGCUAGUCAGGCGUCAUCUAAUAACAGUUUUCAGGUAUCUGAGGCCGUUUUCCUCAAUAAGAUCCAGACCAAUCUGUCGCACGUUUUGCUGUACGAAGACGCAAACCUCCAGAGGAAAGCAAGGGAGAUAAUUCCGCUCUCCAACCUGCAGACAGAAGCUGACAAACAAUUAAAGACAUUACAGCAUUCCAGCAACCACAGUGCCCAGCAGCCUCCGUAUGAUGCCCAAGACUUCCUCUUGCUUGCUCUUCUCAACUGGUUCAAGACGUCGUUCUUCAGAUGGGUGGAUGCCCCGCAGUGUGAUGCGUGCAGUGCCAACACGACGAGUCUGCUGGGUGGGGUGACUCCCUCCCCGGCUGAACAGAUAUGGGGUGCGGCGAGGGUGGAGAACUACAGGUGUUCUUCGUGCAACCAGUUGACGCGGUUUCCUCGGUACAACCACCCCGGCAAGCUGCUGGAGACUCGUAGAGGGAGGUGUGGAGAGUGGGCCAACUGCUUCACGCUCUGCUGCAGGGCAGUCGGAUUUGAAGCCAGGUAUGUCCUAGACUGGACGGAUCACGUGUGGACAGAGGUCUACUCCCGGUCUCAGAGUCGCUGGAUGCACUGCGACGCGUGCGAGAACAUCUGUGACAAGCCUCUGUUGUAUGAGGCCGGCUGGAAGAAGAAACUCACGUACGUGCUGGCCUUCUCUCGGGACGAGGUGCAGGACGUCACGUGGAGGUACACAACGAACCACGAACAGGUCUUAGCCAGGAGAACAGAGUGUCGGGAACACUGGCUGCUGCAGGUCAUUCACCAGAACUGGAAGAGGAAGCUACAGGCGAUGUCCGAGGAGAGACGUCACGAACUGACCGUCCGGCUGGUCUCGGAGCUCGUAGAGUUCACCAUUGUCCGGUCAGCUGAUGGUCAGAAUCUCUCCGGCCGAACGUCUGGCUCGCUGGCCUGGAGGGAGUCUCGGGGGGAGGUAGGGGCAGGGGCAGGGGCAGGGGCAGAUCCAGACGGUGCUCAGGGGUCUGGCUUCAUGUUCACGCUGACCGAGGAGGAGAAGAAGAGCGAGUUCUUCCACGUGUCGUACAGCUGUGCUGGAGACGUCUACCACAGGGCAUCCUCCGGAGGGGUGCAGGUCGCUGGCUGGCAGAGCUGCGUAAACGAGGCACGGAACCUGGCCAGGAAGGAGGAGCGGGACUGGAGGAUGGUCUACAUCGCUAGGCAGGAGGGUUCGGCAGCUGUGACAGCGGCAUCAGUCUCGUGGAAGUUUGACUUCACUGAUACAGAUUUGAAGAUAGGACGACUUCAACUUAAGGCUCAAGGUGCAACAUUCGAGAAUGGCGUCAUUAACUGGCAAGUGUGUACCGACGACGAGUGUCUUGUAUUUAGAGGUGAGGAACUACACACACUGACAGAUGUGAAUAUUAAAGGCAGCCGGAUAUUCAGUGUGACUGCUCGUUUGAGUGGAGGACAGGGAGACGUUGCCUGGCAACACACUCAGCUUUUCCGACAACCAAUGGAUGCGACAGAUUACCCUUUUGAAAUCAAGAUUAAUCUUGUUUGAUAAUCACCACAUGAUUUUGAUAACUUCAAACGGACAGUGGUAUUAUUAUUAUUAUUAUUCUUCAUCUGUGAUGAAUAUCAUUAUUUAUUUGUGCCAUGUGGAAGAAAUGGAAUGUUGGGUGGGGGGAAGUCAGGUCUGUUUUAGUAGUAGGUUCAGGUACUUUGCACCAAUCCAAUUCUCCCAUUUUCAUCAGUUGAAUUGGCCUCAUUAAUUUGGAGUUCCCAUUAGCGUUGUCUCAUUCCACUGGUAUGUCAAGGGCUGUGGUAUGUUCUGUCCUAUUUCUGGGGGAAGUUAAUCUGUCAGGCACCAAAUUGAUGUAUUUUAAAAAUAUACUGAGUUGUUCUUUUGCGUCAGGUUUUGGCUAAAAGUGUCUUGGAAAUCCAACACACAUCAUGUGAAAGUUGGAAAGUGAUCCACAAAUCCAGAGAAUUCAAUGUGAGGAAAUCAAACAGAUACAAUGUGCAAGAUGUGAGAAAUAUCCUUGGUUAUGGUGGUUUUCUUUUUGCUUGCCCCGUCGGUGGGCCCGUUGGGCUAUUUCUUGCUCCAGCCAGUGCACCACAACUGGUACAUCAAAGGCCAUGGUAUGUGUUAUCCUGCCUAUGGGAUGGUGCAUACAAAAGAUCCCUUGCUACUAAUCGAAAAGAUUAGCCCAUGAAGUGGUGACAGCGGGUUUCUUCCCUCAAUAUCUGUGUGGUCCUUAACCAUAUAACCGUGCAUCGUUAAAUAAAACAUUUUCCUUCCUUCUUUUCGCUUGAUAUGGCCCCUCCCCCAAAGCAACAAAAUAUCUGAAAAUUGGAUGAUCUUGCUGUACGUUUACCUUCACGGAGCAGCCAACAGGAAAUACUUUUACAGACUUACAUUUUUGAAAAACUUGGGAGAAUGGAAAGUUGCUCUCUCAAAAUGUUGACGAGGGAAAAAUUGCACCCUUAAAAAUUAUUGACAAUGCUUAAUCCUGCAUGUCUAUUGUUGAAUUUUCAUUGUUUUGAUUUUGUAAAAGGAAAUAUGUUUUUAAAAAUAGCUUGUAUUUGGCAAUUUAGGAAAAUAGCUGCUUAAACCCUGCAUUUUAAAGAGAUCGUAGUUCUUUUUAAUGACUAAAAUUGCAUAUUAAAUAUAUACUUUCUGUUCAUCUUAAUGUUUAUAGCAGCUCAGAUUUAUUUUUUCCUCCUAAUAAUUUAAAAUGUACAAAACAAAUACAGUGUAUGUACACUCACACAGAUAAACACACACAUACAUACCCAUCUACCUACCUUCAUACAUACAUAUCAAGCGAUUUAAGUAUUCACAAUAGUAUUGCAAUACUAUGACAAUAGUAUUUUAAGUAUCCAAUACUAUUACAAAAUAGUAAAACUGACAGCAAUAGUCACCCCUAAUAGGCACCAAUAUAAACACCAUUUGUUAUUUAUGCUGGGUAGAAGGUAGCCCAUUGGUAAAGUGCUCACCUGAUGUCUGGAUAGUCUAGGAUCAGUUCUUGUCUGCGGCCCAUUGGGCUAUUUCUCGUUCCAGUAAGCGCUACGCAAUUGGUGUAGCAAAAGGCAUGUUAUGCAUUAUCCUGUCUGUGGGAUGAUGAUUGCAAAAGUUUCCUUGCUGAUAAUAGAAAAGAGAUGACCAUGGAAUGGUGGUAGCGGGUUUCCUUUCUCAUUAUUUCUGUGGUCCUUAACCAUAUGUCCGGCACCAAAUAAGUGUAGUUAAAAUGUACAUCGUUAAAUAAAACAUUUCUUGAUUUAUUUAUUUUCGUUAUUUAUGAUACCACAAUAAACAUAAUCAGAAUUGAUUGUGCCAUGAAAUGUUUACCUGGAACUGAUUAGUCUAUGACACAAAUUAACUUCAUUGCAGCAAGUUUCAGUUGGAAAAGACAAUUAAAUUUAUUUUAAACCGGUUUUUUAAAAAUAUUUAACAAACAAAAUAUGACAUUCGUGUCCGUUAGAUACCAUUUAUCUUAGAAUUCAUUGUUUAAAUAUAUACCUACUUGCUUUUAGUCAUUCAAUAUGUUUUUGAAACAACUAGUAAGAUAAAUGGUAUCUAACAAUCAUUUUAUUUCAACUUAUUUUUGUGCUUAUAUCCAAUUAAGGUUGAAGCACGCUAUUUGGGUUGUCUGUCUGUUAGUUAUCAGUUGGUUAUUGGUUAGUGAGAGAAGAGGGUGUAGUGGCCUUACAAAGUACCCAUUGAGCCCUCAAGAAUUCGCUCUGGGUUGGAGCCGGUACCAGCCUGUAGUCCAAUGACUUAACGACUGCGUCACCGUGGACGGUCAGUCAUUACUGUAGUUUUCUCUACUUAAUACGGCAUGUAAUUUUAGUCCUUGAAAAUUCGCUUAAUAGUUGAAAACAUCUCAACAGUAACAGGAAACUGAGGACAGACUUUUAACAAUAUCCUCUAGAGGGAGUGUGGUAUUAACUCUGUAUGGUUAACUUGUUAUCUAUGUCAGAGCUUAAUAUAUACUUGCUCAAUUCAUUCAUUUAAUGUGUUUCUUUCACUUUUAUAAACAUGGAAUUUUUAUUA